AUGGAAAAGGAAGUAUAUAAUUCUGAUGGUGCGGAGACUAUAGAUGUUGGUCAUGGUAAUGAGUGUAUGGCUGGUGCUACUGGUAAUGAGACUUCGGCUAGUCCUGGUACUGUUGCUGGUCCCUCUACUGGUCCUGCUACCGGUCCUGCUACUACUGGUUCUGGUCCUGCUACUGCUACCGGUAAUGAAGAUAAUUUUUCGGAUAUUGAUGAUAAAGAAGAUAAUGUCUGUCAUGAUGAGGAUACUCCAGAGAAUUAUGAUUCUGAGGAAGGUCAAAACCAAUGUGACCCUACAUACAAGCCGAAGAAAAUUCAAGAAGAAAUUGAGGAUCGUUAUAACUUGGUAGUCUCCAAUGACCAGUGUAGAAAAGCCAAGGGAAAAGCAUUGGCUGCAGUUCAAGAAGAACAUGAUUUGCGAUUCUCAAAGAUAAAAGACUACAAGCAGCACAUCUCAGAGUAA